AUGGCGCUCCUUACUUACCGGUCCCCCGUCCACUAUGGCGAGCAGCAGACUGCCGUCGAGGACUUUCUGCGCAACUACAAGUCGUCGUCCACCGAGGCAACCGAUGCCCUAGAAGGCCUGCAGCUUGAUGGCGACGAAGAUGAGUACGAUUUCAUGGACGAGUCGGACGACAAUGGGCCCCAGAGAAACCGCCCUACCCGCAGUCCCAAGCACAAGUACAUGCAGCUCCUGCAGGACGUCGCCGAUCGCAAGACGAACCACGUCCUCAUAGAGCUGGACGACCUGGACCAGUACGAGAAGAGUCUCGGCGAGGACAGCCCCAACUUGCGCCUGGUCGAGUCGGUGGAGACCAACGCCCAUCAUUACAUUGAGCUUUUCUCGAAGGCCGUCGACAAGGCUAUGCCCGAGCCAACCACUGAGCCGAACUUCAAGGACGACGUUCUCGACAUCAUCAUGACCCAGCGCGUGAAGCGCAACGAGAGAAUACAAGAAUCUGCCGAUGCAGAGGACGAAGGCGCUGCUGCCGACUCGGUCUUCCCAGCCGAGCUGACCAGAAGAUAUACCCUGAACUUCAAGCCCCUCACUCCCUCGGGAUCGAGCAGCGAGCGCGGCUCCAAGGCAUUAGCAGUGAGGCAAGUGCGCGGCGAGCACAUCGGCCGCCUCAUCACUGUGCGUGGCAUCUCAACCAGGGUCUCGGAUGUCAAGCCUUCUGUCCAGGUCAAUGCCUAUUCUUGCGACCGCUGCGGUUGUGAGAUUUUCCAACCCGUCACUGCGAAACAGUUCACGCCUCUCGUCGAGUGUCCUUCGAAGGAAUGCAAGAACAACAACGCCAGAGGUCAACUGUUCCUCUCCACCCGCGCAUCCAAGUUUCUUCCCUUCCAGGAGAUCAAGAUUCAAGAAAUGGCGGACCAGGUUCCUGUCGGCCACAUUCCUAGGCAACUGACGGUCCAUGUGCACGGCGCAAUCGUCCGCCAGAUCAACCCGGGUGACGUUAUUGAUGUCGCUGGCAUCUUCCUCCCCACCCCUUACACUGGAUUCAAGGCCAUCCGGGCCGGUCUCUUGACCGACACCUACCUCGAGGCGCAGCACGUCAACCAGCACAAAAAGGCGUAUGACGACAUUGUUCUGGCUCAGCCCACCAUCCGCCGCAUGAAUGAACUGGAGAGGUCUGGCCAGCUCUACGAGUACCUCUCUCGCUCCAUCGCUCCCGAAAUCUACGGACAUCUGGACGUGAAGAAGGCACUUUUGCUGCAGCUAAUUGGUGGUGUGACGAAGGUGAUGGGCGAUGGCAUGCGCAUUCGUGGCGAUAUCAACAUUUGUCUGAUGGGUGAUCCUGGUGUUGCCAAAUCUCAGCUUCUCAAAUAUAUCACGAAAGUCGCGCCUCGUGGUGUCUACACCACUGGUCGUGGUAGCAGUGGUGUCGGUCUUACUGCAGCAGUCAUGAGAGACCCGGUCACGGAUGAGAUGGUUCUUGAAGGAGGCGCUCUCGUCCUUGCGGAUAACGGCAUGUGCUGUAUCGAUGAGUUCGACAAGAUGGACGACUCAGACCGGACCGCAAUCCACGAAGUUAUGGAGCAGCAGACUAUCUCCAUCAGCAAAGCUGGCAUCACAACCACUCUCAACGCCCGCACCUCCAUCCUUGCCGCCGCCAACCCUCUCUACGGCCGCUACAACCCUCGUAUUUCCCCGGUUGAGAAUAUCAACCUUCCCGCCGCAUUGCUUUCUCGUUUCGAUGUUCUCUUCCUUAUUCUUGAUACCCCAUCCCGCGACGCCGACGAGGAGCUCGCCCGCCACGUCACCCACGUCCACAUCCACAACAAGCACCCCGAAGCCGCCGGCAACGGCAAAGGCCCCGUCUUCACGCCGCACGAAGUCCGCCAGUGGGUCGCGCGCGCGCGCAACUACCGCCCGACGGUGCCGCAAGAGGUCUCGGACUACCUGGUCGGCGCGUACGUCCGCAUGCGCCAGCAGCACGCCCGCGACGAGUCGCAGCGCCGCGCCUUCACGCACACGUCCCCGCGCACGCUCCUCGGCGUCCUGCGCCUCGCGCAGGCCCUGGCCCGCCUCCGCUUCGCCGAGAACGUCAUCCCGGAAGACGUCGACGAGGCGCUGCGCCUGACCGAGGUCAGCAAGGCGUCGCUGUACCAGGACGAACGCGGCCGCGGCGCCGACCAGACGCCCCAGUCGCGCAUCUACCACCUCAUCCGCGCGAUGAAGGAGAGCGGGGCGGCGGCCGUGGGCGGCGGCGGCGGCGGCAUGGACGACGGGUCGGCGGGUGAGCUGGAUCUGAGGAGGGUGAGGGAGAGGGUAUUGGCCAAGGGCUUCACGGCGGACCAGUUCGAGGAGGCGAUUGAUGAGUAUGCCAUGCUUGAUGUUUGGCAAACUGCGGGCGAGGGUACGAGGUUGGUCUUCAUCGAGGCGGAGGGUGGUAUGGAUGAGGAUUUGUAA